AUGCGGGGUAUUAUGUAUGGAACUCCCAUGCUAUCUAAGCUGUUAAAUGACACGGACAUUGCGUUGAUAACGGAACACUGGCUUCUUCCAGAGCAGAUGAAUUUCUUGAAUACCAUUGAUAACAAUUUCAAAGCAUAUGGAGUUUGUGAUGCACGAAUAGCGUUAGAGCCUGAAAACAGAAAGUGUAAUCGUGGAUUCGCUGGAAUUGCAUUUAUGUGGCGAAAAGAUAUGGCUGUUUCACCUAUUCUAAAUGAAGGGAAUGACAGGGUUGUAUGCUGUUCAGUUCAACUUCGCGGCAAUUCACACAUGUUUAUAAUAGGGGCUCUUAUGCCUUCUACGAAUGUUUCUAAAAAGGUAUAUGUAGACACUCUCAGGUGUGUAUCGGACCUCUAUGAUCGGUUCUCCCAACAAGGGCAUGUGAUUCUAAUGGGUGAUUUUAAUGCGCAGAUAAACAAAUCUUUUGGAAUAAAAAAUCACCAAAAAUCAAACGAGAGAGGUAAAAUAUUACAAACAUUCAUCAAUGAGCGCCAUCUGAUCUCCGUUAACUCUCAAGUAUGGACAAAGGGCAUGUCAGUAAGUUAUGUUUCCAAAGCCGGGCUAGGUUCACUCAUCGAUCAUGUCUUCAUCGAAAAUAGCAAAAUUGAUUGUGUAUGUGAUUGCACUAUUCUCGAUGAUCAUUACUUAAAUGUUUCGGAUCAUCUUCCUAUACGUCUACGUUACGAACUUCCUGUUUGUUUAAGCAAGCACGUGUGUAGUGUAAAUUCUGUCAACUGGAAAAAAUGCACGGCCAAGCAAAAGUUAGAAUACGCGCAAAAUGUUAGUAGGAAACUUUGUGAAAAGGAUAGUCUUCGGGCAGUUGCGUGUGAUGUGCAUUCUCUAGAGAACAAAUUUAAAAACAUAAUCAGUUGUAUGCACGAGGCUGCGAAGAAAACUCUUCCUAUGAAAAAAUAUCGUUCGUUUCUUAAGCCGUAUUGGAAAUAUAACCAAGUAAAGGCAUUACAUGCUUCAAUGCGUGAAAAACGUUUAUUAUGGAUAGCUGAAGGCAGACCACGUGGAAUGGACUCUGACGCGUUUAGAGAAUACAAAUUAUGUAAACGCAUGUUUGUAAAAGAACUUGAAAUUGCUCGAAGUGAAUAUGAACGCAAGCAGUUAAUGGAACUGGCGGAAACAGCUGAAGUUGAUGUUGGAACUUUUUAUAAAGUUGCCCGUUCGCGACAGGUCAAAGGUUAUGAAACAUCAGAACUACGGGUCAAUGGUAAGAUAUCGCGCGACGCAGAUGUCAACCGUAAAGCAUGGACCAAUCACUACAGUGAACUUGCUAGUGUCAUAGAAAAACAACACUUUGACCCUGUGCAUAGGCAUCAGAUAGAUUCCGCUGUACACGAGCUUCGUGCUAUUAGUUAUCUAAAUGCGAAUAGUGUAUGUCAAGGCCGUAUUACCGAACAGGAAGUAUUGAAUGCUUUAAAAGACAUGAAGGACGGUAAAGCGGGGGGCCACGACUACAUUGUGUUAGAACAUAUUCGAUUCGGCGGUGCGCAACUCCUCAAAUUGAUAACUCAGAUGUUUAAUGUCAUAUUGGAAAUUGAAGAUUAUCCACUAUGCUUUAAACAUGGAAUCGUCAUAUCAUUAUUCAAGGGUGGAAAAAAGGACAGAUUGGAUGUCAAUAACUACCGUGACAUAACGCUAACACCUGUGCUUCAAAGAAUAUUUGAAAAAGUGUUAUACCAGAGGAUAUCAAAAGUGUGCACAAAAAUUAACUUCCCACAUCGUCUUCAGCAAGGUUUCAGAUCAAAAUGUGGAAGAAUUACUGCUGCCUUUACUGUUAGGGAAGCCAUUUGCCACCACCUUGAGCUCAAUACGAAGGUCUACGCGGCAUUCUUAGAUAAUGCAAAAGCUUUUAAUAGUGUUUGGAUUAAUGGUCUACUGUUUAAGCUCUACAAUCUUGGGUUUAACGGUAAAAUAUGGCGUAUUCUUGCGAAUUCUUUUGAGGGAGUGACGUCAUAUGUGCUAUACGAGGGAAAAAAGGGAACCCCCUAUCCAGUCGAACAGGGCGUCGGUCAAGGUCGAACUUUGUCGGCAUGGCUUUUUCUUGUUAUGAUUAAUGACCUUAUUUCCGAGCUUGACUCAUCUAGCUAUGGCCUGAAUAUUCAUAGUCUGCACAUACCAGCAAUAUUUCUAGCCGACGAUACCCUGCUUAUGGACUGUUCAGUUGGUAACCUCAAAUGCCUCCUUGAUAUGGUUUAUGAAUUUUCAAGAAAAUGGCGUCUGAACUACAAUCCAGUAAAGAGCUCAUUGAUGCAGUUUCACAAUGGAACGUCAAAACACAUUCCGAGAACAGAGUGCAAACUUGGUGAGCAUGCUAUAGCCUGGGUCACUGUGAAAGAGUAUGCAGGAAUCACUCUUACUUCAAACCUUCGCUGCGACGAAAACAUAAAAACGUCGUGCAAAAAAAGGGAGAAAGUCGUUGAAUUCACUGAUAAGUGUAGGUAUCCACAGCGGAGGAAUGAACCCGUUUACAAGCGUCACACUAAUAAAGGCUAUAGUACAGUCACGCAUUCUCUACGGUUGCGAAUUGUGGGCCAAUCCUACACAAAAAUCCGUGCGAGAGCUCGAAAUUGUACAAAGAUAUAUAGCAAGGAGAUGUCAAGGAUUUGA